AUGUCAUUGGUCCUUUCCCCUCCCACAUUGUUCUUUAUGGUCGUGUCUUCUCUGGGGCCACUGGCUGCUGUGUUACAGAAUGAUUUCAUGGUUGCCGUGCUGGGUAGGGAGUGAUUACCAUGUGGGACUCUGCCUGCAGCCGACAUGAUUGUGGCCUGCCUUGCCAAUUCCCAGCUCUGCCUGCAUGGGAUAAGCAUCCUGAACAACUUCCUGAACUUCUUUACUUUUUACUACAAAGCUAACUGUCUUGGCACUCUCUGGGACUUUGUCAACACUCUCACUUUCUGGCUUACUGCCUGGCUUUCUGUCUUCUACUGUGUGACAAUCCCCACCUUUUCCCACCCAGUCUUCCUCUGGCUAAAGUAGAUUUCUCAGGCAGUGCCUAGGCUUCUUCUGAGAUCCUUGCUCUUCAGUGGCCUGUCAGUCAUUUCGUCACCCACAGGGAAUACAGUAGCCAUUCAGACAAUCAUCUCCAAGAGUUCCCAUGGAAACCACACCCCUUCUCAGAGCAUUAUGCAUUUCUGUCAGUGGUACUUUUUCCGGCAUUCAGCGGUUAUGUGCUUCACUCCCAUUCUUCUGUUCCCGGUGUCCAACAUCUUGCUCAUGUUCUCCCUGUACCAGCAUGUGGAGCAGAUGCGGGGCUGCAUGCCUGGGCCUCAUGAUCCCAGCACCGAGGCUUACACCAUGGCUCUGAAGUCACUCACUUUCCUCUUUAUCUUCUAUAUACUGCAUGUCCUGUCCCUGAAUUCUGUGAUGCGACUCGUAGCCAUCUGGAGUUACUGGUACUGGGUCAAGGAAAUGGCAGCUUUUGGAAACCUCUUCUUGCAGUCAAUUGUCCUGAGGUUAAGAAUCACCAAGCUUAGAAAGGUCUUAAAGAUGAGAUUUUAG